AUGGGGUACUCAGAUCUCGAUUGGAAGGCCAUCAACACUAUCCGACUGCUUGCGGUCGAUGCCACUCUCAAAGCGAACAGUGGCCAUCCUGGUGCCCCUAUGGGCCUGGCUCCUGCCGCCCAUGUCCUGUUCAACAAAUUCAUGACCUUCAACCCCAAGAACCCAGAUUUCAUUAACCGCGACCGAUUCGUCCUCUCAAAUGGCCACGGUUGCAUGCUGCAAUAUGCUCUCCUCCAUCUCUUUGGCUACGGUGUGUCAAUGGACGACCUGAAGAACUUCCGUCAAGUCGACAGCAUCACUCCUGGCCACCCUGAAGCCCACGACACCCCAGGUAUUGAGGUAACGACAGGACCACUUGGUCAAGGUUUCUCCAAUGCUGUGGGUUUGGCUAUAGCUCAAGCGCAUACCGCUGGCGUGUUCAACAAGCCAGGCUACGACCUGAUCAACAACUACACCUACACGUUCUUCGGCGACGGAUGUGCCAUGGAAGGUGUAGCAAGUGAAGCUGCUUCGACUGCUGGUCAUCUUCAACUGGGCAACCUGAUCGCCCUCUAUGAUGACAAUCACAUUUCCAUUGAUGGUGACACCAAAUGUGCCUUCACCGAAGACGUCGAUAAACGAUUUGAAGCCUAUGGUUGGCACGUGCAGCAUGUUGCGGACGCCGACCACGACCUCGAAGCCAUCGAAGCUGCAAUCAAGAAGGCAAAAGAGGUCAAGGACAAGCCUUCCAUGAUCAAGUUGACAACCACCAUUGGUUUUGGUUCCAAGCUCCAAGGCACUGGUGGUGUCCAUGGCAACCCACUCAAGACUGAUGAUGCGAAGCAAGUCAAGUCUAAAUUUGGCUUCAACCCGGAGGAGUCAUUCGUCGUGCCUCAAGAAGUUUACGACAUGUACGGCAAGCACGCUGCUGAGGGUGCAGCCGCUGAACAAGCCUGGAACGAUCUCUUCAAGAAGUAUGCAGGCGAACACAAGGAGCUCGCAGAUGAACUCAGCCGACGGCUGACGAGAAAACUUCCUAAUGGGUGGGAGCAGAGCUUGCCCGUCUGGAAGCCAACCGACGCAGCUACUGCUACCCGUAAGACCUCCGAGAGCGUCUUGGAGGCCAUUCACAAGGCCGUCCCUGAGCUUCUGUCCGGUUCUGCCGACUUGACUGGCAGCAAUAACACCCGAUGGAAGGAUGCUGUUGACUUCCAACCACCGUCUCUCGGCAUCGGCGACUGGACCGGGAGAUACCUUCGAUAUGGUGUGCGAGAGCACGGCAUGGCCGCUAUCAUGAACGGUAUGUCCGCCUACGGUACUCUCAUCCCUGCAGGAGGUACCUUCUUGAACUUCGUCUCCUACGCUGCCGGUGCUGUCCGUCUAUCCUCGCUGUCACAUCAACGAGUCAUCUACGUGGCCACUCACGACUCUAUCGGUCUUGGUGAAGAUGGACCCACACAUCAGCCUAUUGAGACUUUGGUGCAUUUCCGAGCUCUUCCCAACAUGAUGGUAUGGAGACCUGCCGAUGGCAACGAAACAUCCGCCGCAUAUUACAUGGCCCUCACUUCGACCGGCACUCCAUCUAUUCUUGCCUUGACAAGACAGAAUCUCCCUCAACUUGAGAACUCCACGAUAGAAAACGGCAUCAAGGGUGGAUAUGUCGCUGUUGAGGCUGAGAGCGCGGAUGUCACCCUGGUUUCCACCGGUUCAGAGGUCUCCAUCUGCAUUGAGGCCAUCAAAGUGUUGAAGGAUCAGUACAACCUUACAGGCCGCGUCGUCUCUAUGCCUUGCACAGAGGUGUUCGAUGCCCAGCCCAAAGACUACCAACUCAAGUGUAUUCCUGACGGAAUUCCUACCAUGUCGGUUGAGGUCAUGUCCACCUUGGGCUGGGAGAAAUACUCACAUGAGCAAUUCGGUCUCAACCGGUUCGGUGCUUCCGGCCCGUAUAAGGAGGUGUACAAGAAAUUCGAGUUCACUCCCGAGGGUAUUGCCAAACGUGCAUCGGCCACGGUCGAUUUCUACAAAGGCUUGAAGCCUAGAUCGCCAAUCAACCGUGCCUUCCAACAACUCAUCUAA